UAAGAUAUUUCGCGACGAGCCUUGCGCAGCUGUCUAUAAUCUGCAUUUCACACAAUCACCCUUCUGCUAGUUUCAACAUCGCCAAAUCACUUGACUUCUGAAUGUUGCUGCCUAAGAAUGCGUAGGAAGUAAUAGUCACCUACUAUUCUCAAUACGACAAAACACCGAGGUAGUUAAGCCAAGGGCCACAUUUAUAUCUCGUAUUAAUGCAGGUAGCAAUACAGACAAGGGUACUACUAAUCACCCAUCAUCAAGGGGACCCAUUUCGAGUGCCGUAAUUGCGUAUCAAACCAGCCAUUUGGAAAUAUCUACAUACAAGAAUCCAGGCUUUCCCAGAGGAAGAUAAUAUAUUUUGCGCCAUUUCCACCCAAUCUGACAAAUUCACGACUGCUAAUUGAUGCUAUUAGGUAACACAAAUAAACGUCGAUAAGAAACGCUAUGAAAGCUAGCAGGGACUAGGAGAGUAGUACGUGUAAACGAGAACAUAUAGAUCGUUUAUAGGAUCCUCUUUUUGUUCGUAGGUUCUAGACGCAGUGAAAGCCUCUUCUACUAUAAGUCUCUUCUUGCUGCUUCUAUCGUAAAGUCAUACAGAACUGCUAAAGGGUUGUGUACCGCGCCUGGACAUAACCAACAACUGAAGAAAAUAAUGUCUAAUAGCCUAAUCGUUCUUCCCCGCCCUGGGACUACCCGGGCAGACACGCGACAACCGAUACGCGCCCCAUCCGAAGCCGAUUUCACUGCUGUCUUUGGCAAAAUACUGCCCGAAGCAUCCUACUUGUCCACAAAGAAUGGCAGAGCUGCCUUUUACGAGCUGCCGCCCUCGUCUGUCUCACCACCAGACGACGCAACAGCGAUUUCCCGAGUGCUGCUACUGCAUGGCGUCCAGACACCUGCAAUCGGCCUGCAGCCGUUAGCAAAGGCACUGUCGGCGCGUUUUCCACAUGCCAAAUGCGUGCUGGUUGACUGGUGGGGCCAUGGGCUCACAGACACGCCAUUUGCGGCGCACAACGCAGCGCUCUUUCACGAGCUGCUGGAAUCUUUAUUCCUGCAUCUUGGAUGGGAAAAUGCCCAUGUAGUUGGCUAUUCUUUUGGUGCAUCAGUCACUGCAAGUUUUGCGGCUGCAAGGCCAGAGCGCGUCGCGUCUAUGGUGCUGGUAGCCCCUGCAGGCUUCAUCCGCAAGCAGCUUUUCAACGAGCAACAGAAGGGCUAUCUGCGUGGUGGUGAAGGCUUGGAAGAACCGGCAAAAGAGUGGAUUUUGGAAUUUCUAGAAGGAGGGCAGUUAGUUGUCCCUCAAGAUUGGAAAGAGACUGUAGGGAGAGGCGAGGUGGUGGCUGAAGCCGUCCGAGACUGGGAGAUGAAGAACCAUGAGGGCCAUGUUGCGAGCGUGGUAGCCAUUUUCAGAGACGGCGGUGUUUUGGAUAACAGCACCGAAUUCGCCAGAGCGGCCGAGAAGGGCAUUAAAUAUCUAUAUAUUCUUGGAGAGCUCGAUGAUGUAUGCAGUCCCCAAGAGUUAUCUGGCAUCGGGGUGCAAGACUUUGUUAGCAUUCCACAGGUUGGACAUGCCGUUGUGCGGGAAAAAGCAUCCGAGGUGGCUCAGUCAAUCGCAGAUUUCUGGCACAAGAUAUGAUAGCCAGUAUCUAAGCUUAUCUUUGCUUUGUUUCGCUUCUACAGCCGCUCUGUACUCUCUCCUUUCCUUUCAUUGAUCUUUCAUUUUCGAGUAAGGAACUAACACUAACCAAUUGGUUGACUCAUGCGACCUAGGCU